CAGGUGCCCCAAAGCCCCCACCAUUUUUAAUGCUUUCAUAUUAUUCCUUCAAAUAGCUGUACCAUAAUUUUCCUAGCCAAUUCUCUACCACUGGAUAUUUAGAUAGUUUCUAGUUUUCUGUUGUUAUGAACAACACUGUACCACCCAUCCUGGUAUACAUAUUUUUGUCCACAUAUCUGUUUCUUUAGGAUGCAUUCCUAAAAAUGGAAUUGCUAGGUCAUAAGAGUAAGCACAUUUUAAGACUUCUCAUACACACAAGACGGCACUGCCAAUUUACCCUCCAGGGCUACUGCCUGGUCUUUUUUGAAAGACCUAAGUAAGGAAAAUCUGGUCCAUUUUAUCUUUGACUAGGUAGCACCGACUAAUCAACCACAAGCUUUAGCCUUUGGCCCGAAUUACAGCAAUUCGACCACCACGUUGGUUAUUGACAUUUGCUGACCAGGAGCUAAUUGGUUGUCAGGUUUUGGAUCUGUAUGAAAGGAGAAAACAAGUUAGUAACUUAAAACCUAUCAACUUUUGUCCGAGGGGGGCAAAAUAUUCAAUCCUUGUGACCCAUGAGGUUUCCUAGUAGUGAAAAGCACUGGGGACGACUGUGCCCUAGUGUCUGGCACAGGCCCAGGGCAAUAUGUACCAUAACUAUUGUCCCCUACCUUAUUUUACUGAUGGGACACUGAGGCCCUGCCGGUGUCCUACCUCAAGGUCCAGACUGCUGCCUCAACUUCGCAUAACUCAGAGGAGGGCCACCUACCUGCCCCACCCGACGCUGCCGGAGCCGGCUUCGCGCGCCUACAGCGCCGCCCUGGCGGUAGGGCGAGGCCGUAAUGGCAGAGACUGGAUGCGGUUCGGUGGCCCCCGCUGGUGCUCUGUCCUGUGCGGAGCCUCCCGACGCCAGGGGGCGCAUUCUUCUCCUCGGCCCUGCCCAGGGAGCCGUUGGAAUUUGAAUCACCGGCGGGCUGAGGCCGGAAGCAUUGACCCCUAGCCAGGCAUGGAGAGGCCGGGAGCCAGUGCUCGGUGCCCCGUGCAAGAGCAGCGUGCCCGUUGGGAGCGGAAACGCGCCUGCACUGCCCGGGAGCUGCUGGAGACCGAACGGCGCUACCAGGAACAGCUGGGGCUGGUGGCCACGUACUUCGUGGGGAUUCUGAGAGCCAAGGGCACCCUGCGACCAGCGGAGCGCCAGGCCCUGUUUGGGCCCUGGGAGCUCAUUUACGGCGCCAGCCAAGAGCUGCUUCCCUACCUCGAAGGAGGGCACUGGGGACAGGGGCUGGAAGGCUUCUGCCCCCACCUGGAGCUCUACACCCAAUUUGCUGCCAAUGCAGAGAGGUCCCAGACCACCCUGCAGGAACAACUAAAGAAAAAUAAACGUUUCCGGAGGUUUGUGCGACUUCAGGAAGGCCGACCUGAGUUUGGAAGCCUGCAUCUUCAGGACCUGCUCCCUCUGCCUCUGCAGAGGCUCCAGCAGUAUGAAAAUCUUGUCAUGGCUUUGGCUGAAAACACAGGUCCCAACAGCCCUGACCACCAACAGCUCACACGGGCUGCCCGGCUGAUCAGUGAGACUGCUCAGAGAGUCCACAGCAUUGGUCAGAGACAGAAGAAUGACCAGCACCUCCGGCGUGUUCAGGCUUUGCUCAGUGGCCGCCAGGCAAAGGGGCUUACCUCAGGUCGCUGGUUCUUACGUCAGGGCUGGCUACUGGUAGUGCCUCCCCGUGGGGAGCCUCGGCCCCGAAUGUUCUUCCUCUUCUCGGAUGUGCUCCUCAUGGCCAAACCUCGACCCCCACUGCAUCUGCUGCAGAGUGGCACCUUUGCCUGCCGUGCCCUCUACCCCAUGGCCCAGUGUCAACUCCACAGGGUCUUUGGCCACUCAGGAGGCCCUUGUGGUGGACUGCUCAGCCUGUCCUUUCCCUGUGAGAAGCUACUGCUUAUGUCCACAGACCAGGAAGAGCUGUUGCGCUGGCACCACAGUCUGACUUUGGCCAUCAGCCAGAAGAGCUAGAGGAAUCUUACAAAUUCCAGAACCCAGGAUACUUGAGAGACAGAUCAGAGUCAGGAGUACAAAGAAAUCUUCAGUACUAACCAAAACACAGAACCCUUCAUGGUUUGAGAAGGGUCAUUUUGUGUUUGUUUGGGACCAACCAGCCUCUAAGAAUAAGGAAACAAAGUCCGACCCAGUUGAACCUCUGCUGAUACAGAUGAGGGGCUUUGGGACUGAUAAGCCCGGUGCUGUGUUUAUAGCUGGUCGUUCAUCAAGACUACAGCUUUGUAAAUGUGGAUGUUUUUAUGUUGUAUGCGUUUCUAUAAUUUAUUUUCCCAUUGGAUUUUAGUAAAGUGGUUUGUUUUUGUU